AUGGGUAUAAAACUGCUAGCAGUACUGCUGGCUUGCUUCAAGUUCUUCACCCGCCGAUCUGACGACGAUUCUACUUCUGAACCUCCACCAAUGUCUUGCCCUGUGCGAACACCCGAUGGCCGCCCCCUACCCCGCCUUCCGUACAUGAAGAGGAGGGAAGCGCCGACGACUUACCACGAUGCACUCAAGCUAUCCGUCGAAGGAUUCAAGGACAUGAGGUCCAUGCUUGACUGGUUCUUCGACGUCGCCGACUUUCAGCCAAUCGCUCGCUCUCUCACGACAACUGAGGCCGAAACCCCUCCCCAGACGGAUGAAGAUAACCUAAAGAAGAAGCGGGCGCUCUAUCAAUGGGAGCUCAACGACAGCUUCCCUCCUCACUUGAGGACUGUUCCAUCGGCGGUCAGCCAGCCAGCCACCUCAAUCUUCAAGUUCAAGCGUCUCUACGACUCCCUCCAAGCAGUAUACCCAUGGCUCCCAGAUGUAGACUUCUUCCGCAGCCUCGCGCCAUCUGCGUCUAACGACAUGGCCUCCCUCGAGCGCCGGAACAAGCUACUCCAUUACACCACGAUCGGAACCAUGUACACUGCCGAGAACAUCGGUCUCCGCGAGGACUGGUUUACGGAUGCCGUCUUUGCACAACAACAGUUCAUCGGCGUCAACCCCUGCACAAUUACAGCAGCCACCCCGCAAUGGAUCCAAGCCUUUACGAAAGCUGCCACGGACCAGGGCAAUGCAGCAGCAGCUCAGCUGAUCGCGGCGUCGACGAAUUCGUUCUAUGUCCAGGAUUACAGCAAUUAUAGGUCGGCGGCGGGAAUGGGUCCCACGCAGACCUUGACAUCAGAUUUUGGCGACACGACGGGACACCAGCCCCGGUUUGGAUGUGCGUCAGUAGUCCUAUUCCAGUUGCUGCCGAAUGGCAAGCUCCAUCCCAUCGCCGUCGUCCUUGAUUACAAGGGCAGCAUCGAUGCCAAUAUCAGCAUCACGGUCUUCAACAAACGCCUCUCUCCUACGGCUAAUUGGGACCAGAAGAACGAUUGGCCGUGGCGCUAUGCGAAGAUGUGUGCUCAGGUGUCGGACUGGACGCGUCAUGAGCUUGCGGUGCACCUUGUGCACACUCACUUCGUCGAAGAGGCGACAAUUGUGGCAGCUCAGCGCAGUUUCCCUGAUUCUCAUAUCGUGUUUGCAUUGUUGAGCCCGCAUUGGAUCACGACGCUUUCGUUGAACGCACUGGCGAGAGAGGUCCUUGUGCCCUCGAUGGUUGCCCCAAUUUCGUAUUUCAAGAUUCCCGAGAUAUUUGCUAUCUGCAACGACGCUUACCAUUCAUUUGAUUUUGUGGGGUCAUAUGUUCCAAACGACAUGAAGAGGCGUGGUUUCGACGUCUCUCAGUUCGAUGAUCCCAAAGGCAAGUUCCACAACUACGCCUACGGUCGCGACGUUGCGAAGAUGUGGGAUGUCCUACGCAAGUUCGUCAGCUCAGUCCUAACUGCCCACUACAAGGGUGGUGAUGCCGAAGUCGCGGCCGAUAAAUACGUGGCUGGCUUCUGUACGGAGAUGCAGUCUUCCGAAGGCGGAGGGUUAUCGUCAUUCCCGACCAUCAAGACUCUGGACGACCUCGUCGACGUAGUCACGAUGUGCAUCCACAUCGCAGCGCCCCAGCACACUGCCGUCAAUUACCUUCAACAAUUUUACUUGACCUUCGUCCCGAACAAACCAUCUGCGCUUUUCGCUCCUCUGCCCAAGUCCCUCAAGGAGCUGCAGGGAUAUAAGGAGCAGGACAUCCUGAAGGCGUUGCCCCUCCAGUCUCAGGUUAGCUGGCUCAUGAUGGCUCAGGUCCCGUACUUGCUGUCUGCAGAGGUCGAGCCAGAGAACAAUAUAAUCACAUAUGCGGGCGAAGCGGCGAGCAACCGCAACCCACUCAUUGCUCAGGCAGGUAAGGUACUGCAGAAAGAUGUCGCGACUUUGGGGACGACGUUCAGGGACAUAAGCGACCAGAUGGAUGACCAGGGCACAAAGUACAAGGUUUUAGACCCUGUAGAUUUGGCGUCUGCUAUAAUCAUCUAA